AUGUCUAGUCAAGGUCAAAAUGGAGGAUUUUUAGGAGCUUUGGUUGGUCUGUUAGGUCGAGCAGUGCUUCCAAUAGCUGCAAAAAUAGCUCCAAAAAUAUUAGGACCGUUAGGCGUUGGGGCCCUUUCUGGUCUUGCCAGUACUGGUGUCAGUAAGUUAUUUGGAAAUGGCAUGAUUUCGGAAAUUGACUCGGCAUUAUUGAUUUUAUCUUAUAUAUCGCACUGCGCAAUAGAAUGUCAAUUCAUUAUAAUUGGUUGUAGAUUCCCACCGUCACAAGUCAGUUUUAUGUGUAUCCAAUGGAACAUAACUGCGAGUAUUCAUAUUCAAACGCAGGAAAGUUCACAAGAAGAUAUGAUGAAACUAAGAAUUAAAAAAUCACGGAUAUUGAAUUCUGAAAGGAAACCGACUUGUCAAUGCGAGGCGAUCAAAGGAUGUUUAACGUUGCCUGAUAGUACCAGUUUUGUUGAUGAAAAUUUACUCAAUGAAUAUUUCAACUAUGUGAAUAAAAAGGAGGGUUUAUGCGAUAAACAAAAAUUAUGUGGUUCAGAAGGCGAGUCUGGAUAUGUCGUAUGUGAAGAUCAAAAAUAUAAGCCUGGAGUCCCAUGCAUUGUUUAUUCGUUUGGUUCAAGGUUUGUAUUUGAUUUCGAAGUAGACGUAAUAAAGAACUACAACUGUGAAGUUCACACCUUUGAUCCUAGUCAACCUUUAAGAAAAGAAAAUAAAAUCCCAUCGGGAGUGCAUUUUUCCCUCUAAUUGGGAUAGCCGAUAAAGAUUUUACUAAUGAUGACGGUUGGGAAAUGCAGAGGCUUUCGUCCAUAAUGAAAAACUUGGACACUCACGU